CGGAAUUUUCUCCAAAGAUCCGAUUUUUCUACUUCGGCCUCUAAUCUUUCUACUCUUUCACUUAGACCCCAUCCCCCACCGAAACGCCGAAAGAGUUUGAAAAAUGCGUGACAAGUGAAAACCCUUUUGCCUUCUCUUUCCCCGGUUCCUUCACAAGGUCGACCAUCCUCUCUUCAUCUUCCUUCCAACACCUCUUCAGCUGCCGUAAUCCCUGGGUAAAGCUAUGGUUUUGUUUUAUUGCACAAUUAUCGGCUAACUUCACUGUCUGAUCAUGUACUAAAUGAAUUUCGGUGUGUAACUACCUGCUGGUCUCCGAUUGACCUGAUGUUCUUUGGCAGUGGAAAGUGAUUGCUUUCAUCCAUUGAGAAGAAAAGUGGAUGUCAAAAACCAAGAGAAUUUCAUCUUUCAGCUGAAAGAACGUUAGCCAGGAUGGGAGGUUGCUGUUGUUCUGCAAGAAAGCCCCUGCUCCAUGGAACCCCUGUAUUUUACUAUUGCCCACCAUCUUCAGAGGAGCGUGACUCUUUGACCUCAAAUGACAGUGCUGCUAGUGGAUUCCUGGUUGAUUUGAACCUUGAUACAUCAAGUCCCGACACUUUUCGGCCCCCACCCCUACCCAUUCCCUUUGACAUAGUUUUGGGUUGUCCACAACCAGCAGAUGCUGAACCUACUGAAGAUUCAACGAUCAGUAAUAGUUUUGAUAAAGCUACCUGCCUAGAUGUUAAAGUGUCUGAGUGCAAAGCUGAAUCUGACAUGCCUCUUCCUUCUCCAAGGAAAAAUGAGCUUGAGCAUCUAAAACCGAACCCACUUGCCAUCUCAUUUGUGGAAGAAGAGGAUGUUUGCCCCACUUGCCUUGAAGAGUACAAUGCUGACAACCCAAGAAUCAACACAAAAUGCAACCAUCAUUUCCACCUUUCAUGCAUACUUGAGUGGAUGGAAAGAAGUGACGCAUGCCCUGUAUGCGAUCAGGAAAUGAUAUAUGAACCUCUCUGAUACUUUCAAGACACAAAGGUGCAGUUACUAGUUAGCUUAAACAUGGAACACCAUAUCGCUUUACCCUUCUUCUCAGUUCUCAGUAUAGUAAUAGCAUAUAAAAGGCAGUAAUAGUUUAGUGCUCCGCAUUAGUUGAUCAACCGUCUUGGACAGUUCCUCGCAUGGAGUAAAGCCAGUUAUGUGUUCUCCAUUUCUAGACACCCUGCAAUGCAUUGGCUAGAUAUACAUUCUGGAUUAGUAAGGUUAUGUGAUGAUCAAGCUGUUUAUUUAUUGAAGGAAGCCAACCGUGGCCAGUCCGUUUUAUGCAGAGGCCAAAAGUAAAUUUCUGUUUCCCGCUUUGAUGCUUAGUAAGCACACCUUGGAAAUCCCUCCCUUGUCGUUAUCACCAUCCUGUACAGAUUUAUUUUCUCUUGCUUUUGUAAUUUCAUGCAUUUUUCUGUAAAUAUUCCUGCAUUUCUGUUUAUAUUCUCUUUGGUGGAUGUGGAUUCGGUUGUUGUAUUUGGUCUAUAUCAUAAAUAUGAAAUGUGAUUCAUUCCAA